AUGAGAGCUGGUCCUUUCAUAGGCCACUUUUUCGUGCAUCCGGGCCUCCGAACAUGUCCGAAUGUCAGGCCCAACAUCUCGAUCCUUAGCCGUCGAUUCGCUUCACAAAGCUCACGCCAUCCUCGAUUUACAAAAUGGUCUUCGCCUACAACGAAAAGAAUAGUUUUGCAUGCAUCCAGUGGUGCGGCGGCACUAGGAACAGCUGCUUUUGUCGAAUUGUCGCAACAAGAAAACGGCAAUGAUCAAGAAACCGGAGAAAAGCGUAUGCUCGAAGCUUCGCGAGCUGAAGUGAGAAAGGGCGUUCCGGCUGAUUCUCGAGGCCUCGAGCGAGUGGGAGAGCGUAUCAAAUACUUGAUCGAUCUGUUGGUUAUCGAACCUGUCUGCACUGGAUUUCGUUUUCUACAGCUCGUCGUUAUUUUCGUACCAGUCAUCAUCACGAUCCCUGCCAUUUACAUUGGAAGCCGACAACCCGAUAGAGAUAAUGAGCGAUCAGGGACACUCUGGUGGUAUGGCUUUUUGGUCAAUGAGAUGGAGCUAGCUGGCCCAGCCUUUAUCAAGCUUGGGCAAUGGGCUGCUUCACGAACCGAUAUCUUCCCAACGGAAAUGUGUGAGAUCAUGUCCAAACUCCACUCGAACGCGCCAGCUCAUUCGCUCCAUGCUACGCGCGUAACUGUUGAAGCUGCGUUUGGCGGGCUUCCCUUCGAGGAGAUCUUUGAAGAGUUCCAUGAGAAACCCCUCGGCGUCGGUGCCAUUGCGCAGGUUUACAAGGCCAAACUGAGGCCUGGUUUAGCUAAACCCGAGGAAGCCGAUCUACGCGAUUCAUAUCCUCUGGCCCAGAAUGUGAAGCGCAACGUUGACACAGUCCUGAAGAGCUCACCACAGAGGAUACCGUCAUCGUAUGUUGCAAUCAAGGUACUACAUCCCCGUGUAGAGAGAACGGUCAGAAGAGACCUUCGAAUCAUGGGCUUCUUUGCCUCGCUCCUCAACCUUAUCCCGACUAUUGAGUGGCUUUCGUUACCAGAUGAGGUAACUCAGUUUGGAGAGAUGAUGAAGCUUCAGCUUGAUCUUCGUAUCGAGGCUGCAAACCUGGCGACUUUCCGAAAGAACUUCAAGGACCGGUCCACUGCUUGGUUCCCAUAUCCCUACACAGAAUACACAACUCGUAAUGUUCUGAUCGAGGAGUACGCCCAGGGUAUCCCAUUAGCAGAUUUCAUGGAGAACGGUGGCGGUGUCUUCCAACACGAUAUCGCCGAUGAGGGUCUCGACGCUUUCCUUCGUAUGCUGCUGCUUGACAACUUUGUUCACGCGGAUUUGCAUCCGGGCAAUAUCAUGGUACGAUUCUACCAAUCAGCCCACCCAGACCUACGCCUACGAAAGGCAAUGACCAAAGCCCAUCCUGAUGAGACAGAGGAUGUCACUGAGCAAGUGCUCGAGCGGCUUCGACCAUACCGACAUCGCAAGGAUACAAAGGCAUGGGAAGAGGAAUUGGCCAAAAUUGAUGCCGAGGGAUUCCGCCCUCAGCUCAUCUUUAUCGAUACAGGAUUGGUGACCGAGCUCAAUGCUGUGAAUCGCGAAAAUUUCCUCGACCUUUUCCGCGCUGUUGCAGAGUUUGACGGUUACAAGGCUGGCCAUCUCAUGUGCGAGCGCUGUCGCCAACCAGAUGCUGUUUUGGACAAGGAGGUUUUUGCUCUCAAGAUGCAACAUCUCGUUCUCAGCGUCAAGAGCCGUACUUUGGCCCUUGGUAACGUCAAGAUUGGUGACAUCCUACAAGAAGUACUCAGCAUGGUUCGAAACCACCAUGUCCGUCUAGAAGGUGACUUUGUCAAUGUUGUUAUCAGUAUCCUCCUUCUUGAGGGUAUCGGUCGCAGCCUGAACCCUGAUGUCGAUUUACUCAGCAGCUCGCUACCAAUUCUUCGACAACUUAGCGCUCAGAGUGGAACAAGUAUGGCCAAGCACGGAGACUUUUCCAUGUUGGUUGUGUGGCUAGGACUAGAAGCCAGACGUUUUAUGCAGGCUAGUAUCGAAGAUGUCGAGCGAUGUGUCAAAUCAGAAUAG